UUUCCUCCUGCGGCUGUUGCCAGGUCAAUGGCGUCACGGGUGACGUCAGCGGCGCAUCGCACCUAUCCUCCCGAACCUGACGCGCUUCUUCUCGUUUUAUGACAGCGAGCCGCGAUUAAAGCAUGUCUACUCCGGCGAGGCGGCGGCUCAUGAGAGACUUUAAGAGACUUCAAGAAGAUCCUCCCACUGGUGUGAGUGGCGCUCCUUCAGAAAACAACAUCAUGCUGUGGAACGCUGUGAUUUUUGGGCCUGUAGGAACUCCUUUUGAAGACGGAACAUUUAAGCUGGUUAUCGAGUUUUCAGAAGAAUAUCCUAACAAGCCUCCUACGGUCCGCUUCAUCUCCAAAAUGUUUCACCCCAACGUCUAUGCAGAUGGCAGUAUAUGUUUAGACAUCCUUCAGAACCGCUGGAGUCCCACGUACGACGUCUCCUCCAUUCUGACAUCCAUCCAGUCUCUAUUAGACGAGCCCAAUCCAAACAGCCCAGCCAACAGCCAGGCGGCUCAGCUCUAUCAGGAGAACAAACGUGAAUACGAGAAGAGAGUGUCGGCCAUCGUGGAGCAGAGCUGGGUCGACUCGUAACGCCGCCGCCUGAGGCCACACACGACCAUUCAUAGGAUUUAUUGCGAAAAAUCGACAACAUUUGUGUGCUUAUUUAUUUUUUUUAACUGCAUGAUAAGUUAUUGCUAACACGAUUUGAAUCAUACCGUGGUCGGGUUGAUGCAGUUGAAUGCAAACCAUUGGCAAAGAUGUUGUCCGAGUGCAACCCCCCAAACACGAGUUCUUCAGUAAACCGUCAUUAAUAUAUCUGAGAGCCGACGGCAUGCCCGUUCUGCCUUUCCAUGCACCCGGAGAUCGACUGUGGGAAUCAUUUUUUGUAUCUGUAUUUGACGAUGCAUCUCGACGCUCUUCUGAACCGCGGCUUUUGAGAGGAGACGCGAGUAUGAUAGUGUUAAGAGGGACGUUUUAGUUUUUGUGAAUUUAUCAUAAGAACAUUUAUACUUCUAAUAUGCUGUAUAAAAGACAAAUAAAGCAUUUUUCAGACUUGGAGCGAA